CUUCCGCUCCCGGAGCUUCAAACAAGCAGAGCGAGAGACUUGAGUUCUAUCUAUACAACUCUUAACCUUCUGUUCGACUUCAAAUCUCACCCCACCUCUCACACACCCCCCACCAUCACAAUGUCUUUCCUCUUUGGCGGUGCCCCCAAGAUGUCCUCGGAGCAGAAGAUUGCUGCCGCUGAGACCGAGGUGGAGAUGAUUUCCGACAUGUUCAACCGCCUGACCGAGUCCUGCACCAAGAAGUGCAUCCCCAACGACUACCGCGAAGGCGACCUCAACAAGGGCGAGUCCGUCUGCCUCGACCGCUGCGUGUCCAAGUUCUUCGAGGUCAACAUCAAGGUCAGCGAGAAGAUGCAGGGUGAGGCCGCCAACAGACAGGGUGGCAUGGGCAUGGGCAUGUAAAAUGUUGAUUGAAAUACUCUGGGGCUCAAAACUGUUUCCAUUUAUGUACUUGUAUAAUUGAUUGGGUCUUCUUUUUUUCCGGGGAAAGUGGUGCGUGCAUGUCUUCAGGAUUUCUUGCGCUACAUUUACCCGUGAUGACAUAUGGUUCUAGCAUUUUGGAUGACAUUGUCUCUCACGCAUGGAAAGUGGUUGAAUGGUUUAUGGGAUAAGAUAGCAUUGAGCAUUGGGAAUGAAUUCUAUCCUGGAUGUGAAGGUUCUGUCUUUAUUGCUCGUGUCCAGGUAGAGCUAUUGCAUUAAAG